AACAAUGUCGACCACCAAAACACAGCUGCUGCGCCGCGCCUCUUUCCACAAUGAACCGAACAGAGCCGAGCAAAUGAAACCGAAAUCGCGUCGCUCUGCUGCUGCUUGUGCGAUCGAGAGCGUUUAGAGGGGAGUAUGGCCGCACAAGAACCCUCUCCCCCGUCCUCCAUGGAGAACAACAAGCCAGGGUACCCAAAGAGGAUUCUGGCCAACACACUUGAAGAUAAACAUUUAUGCAACUGCUGUCAGAAUAUUUUGAGAAGACCGUUCCAAGCUCAGUGCGGCCAUCGAUUCUGUUCUUACUGCUUCAACCGGACUGUUGGAUCUGGACCACAGAAAUGUAAUGCUUGUAUCAAAGAGGACAUAUUUGAAGAGCCCACAUCUAUUCUCAAACAAGGCUGUGCGUUUCCCGAUAAUGCUGCCAGGAGAGAAGUUGAAAAUCUUUCAGCUGUGUGCAUCAAUGAAGGUUGCUGCUGGAAGGGCAGCAUUAAAGAUUAUGAGUUGAGCCACGAGGGCAAAUGUGAGUUCACGAUUCUACCCUGUCCCUUGUGCAAAGAGCUCAUCAGAUUUAACGAGCAGGAGCGUCAUAACGAGCGCGAAUGCCCCGAGAGGACGCUCAACUGCAAAUACUGUAAAGAGCCAUUUCACUUCAAAAACAUCAAGGCACAUGAUGAAAUCUGUCCCAAAUACCCCAUGAUUUGUGAAGGCUGUGCCAAAAAGAAAAUCCCUAGGGAGAAGUAUUUUGACCACAUCAAGUUCUGCAGCAAAUUCAGAACUCCAUGCAGAUAUCAUGUUGUUGGCUGUGACAUGUCAGUCGAGAAGGAGAAGAUCCAUGAUCACGAGCGUGCAUGUGCUCACGAACAUCUCAAUAUGCUGUUGCACUACAUAUUGAGUAUGAAGGUCAGUCUGGAAGAUCUGCAGCCCCAAACUCUGGAGAUGGCCGGUCACAAAGCACACGAGCUUCACCAGGCGCUUCGAGACCUGGAAGCCCGAGUCAGUCAGCUGAGCGUCAUCUCCGGCACGACUGGGCCUUCCGUGCAGGGGGCCCCCUCGUCUUCAUCCUCGUCCUCCCCUGCGUCCGCCUCCAUGCCGCCACCUCCUCCGUUGACCGCUGCCACCCUACCCACCUCCUUCACACCUUUGCCCAGCUCAGUGGGCGCAGCGCUGGAGCUCCAGCUCUACAGCGAGAAGACCAAAGUGGUGGAGCUGGGCCGGCGCUGCCAGGAACUGGAGGUGAAGGCUGGGACAUUCGAAGACGUGAUGUUUGUGCUGAAUCGUGAAGUGGAACGCUUCGCAACCACCGUAGAAGCCAGUAACCGCCAACACAGGCUCGAUCAGGAUAAAAUCGAGGCGCUCAGUAACAAGGUGCGUCAGCUGGAACGUCAGGUCGGCGUUAAAGACCUGACUGUAGCUGAAAUGGAGGGCAGAUUACGAGAGAUGUCUGCCACAACAUUUGACGGCGUGUUUAUCUGGAGAAUAUCAGAUAUCACAAAGAAGAGACAAGAUGCCAUCGCUGGACGAGCACCUGCCAUGUUCUCGCCUGCAUUUUACACGAGCAAGUACGGCUAUAAGAUGUGUCUGCGUAUUUACCUGAACGGGGAUGGGACGGGUCGCGGGAGUCAUCUCUCGCUGUUCUUUGUGGUGAUGAGGGGUAUAAGUGACGCUCUGCUCAAAUGGCCCUUCAACCAGAAGGUCACUCUAAUGCUGCUGGACCAGAGUAACAGAGAGCACAUCAUCGAUGCGUUCCGUCCCGACAUCACUUCCUCCUCAUUCCAGAGGCCGGUCAGCGAGAUGAACAUCGCCAGCGGCUGUCCGCUCUUCUUCCCGCUGUCCAAGCUGGAGGGCAAGAACUCAUACAUCCGCGAUGACACCAUCUUCAUCAAAGCUAUCGUGGAUCUCACCGGCCUUUAGUUUCUCUGCGGUCUGCCUCUCUCAUUUCCUCCAAGCUACAUUAAUCCAGCGUUUCAUUUAUGAUUCCAUAACGUCGGUUUUGACACACAUCCCUGCAUGUGUUGAGCUGCCACAGAAUGUUGCAGACUUGCUGUAUGUGUGUGAGAACUAUAAACGGUAUAGCUGCAUGGUUCCAAAAGGGAGCAGUAGAGCGUUACGCAGGAAAAGGGUCACGAAACACUGGAAUGAACGUGAAGUCCAGUCCAGUUACGAAGGCUAUGUUCAGAAUAGCAUACCACCAUACUAGUCAUACUAUGUCUGCAAUAUACUGUAUAGUUAGUAGCCUAUACUGUGCAUAUUAUGUGCAUAUUAUGCAAAGUUUUUGAUGACCUAAUGCAUUUGGCAGGAAGUGCAGGACACAGCUGUGAUCUCUUUCUGGAUUAUUUGAUCAGUCUGUGAAGACGUAUUCACCCAAAAUUGGAUUGACAUGUGAAAUAACGUUUUAUUCCAAAGUCGAUGCCACUUGCUUAAAAACAUCAUGUGAAAAUAAUGAAGACAACAACGUAGGUUUAAAAUGUUUAUCAUUCCAUAAUGUGUACAUUUUCACUUCAAAACAUUAGGGAGCAUUCAGUGUAUACUGUACGAAUGUACAGGACAGAAUUCCCAAAAUAGCCAUAAUGUGUAAGUAGAUCACAUAAUUCGAAACUUUUUUACUUCGGCACAACAUCAUAUUUAUAGCUGAGUUUGUAAGAAAUUGGGCGGCACAUUAUCAAAUAUUUGAACGUUUGAGUCAUGUUCAGAUUUGUCUGGGAAGGUAGAAACACAUCGACUGAACUUCAUCGUCUUUGUUUGCAUAGACUCAUGCAGUGUUGAGUUACUCAAAAGAGUAAUCCACUACUAAUUACAAUCAUCGAAACGUUUUUUAUUCGCUCACCGAAUUUCCUACUUGUUAAUUGUCGUUUACCAUUCAGUGUCACAGAAACACAAACAGAUGUACAUACAGAUGAAUGUAUAAAUGUGUUACACAUAAAUAUUUUAGAAAUAUGUUACCUAAGAAAAGUACUUAAGUAAUUACUUUUUAAAUGUUUCAUUAAAUUAAGUUAUUACCAUUUAAGGUCAGUAACCGAUUGCAAGAAUAUAAAAUCGAAUGCGUUACACUACUUUCUUGAUUAAAGUAAUGAGAUUACAGUAACUAAUAAUUGUAAUUAGAUUACACCCAACACUGACAUAUGUGGAGGUAUUUUAUUGAUUAGAAGAUGAUCAAGUUAGCUAAAACACUGCAAAAAAAAUCAUGUUUCCCAAUGACCAGGAAAAUCUAUCCAUCCAUCCAUCUUCAACCGCUUAUCCGAAGUCGGGUCGCGGGGGCAGCAGCUCCAGCAGGGGGCGCCAAACUUCCCUAUCUCGAGCCACAUUAACCAGCUCUAACUGGGGGACCCCGAGGCGUUCCCAGGCCAGUGUGGAGAUGUAUUCUCUCCACCUAGUCCUGGGUCUUCCGCAAGGCCUCCUCCCAUCUGGACAUGCCUGAAACACCUCCCUAGGGAUGUGCCCAGGGGGCAUCCUUACCAAAUGCCCAAACCACCUCAACUGGCUACUUUCGACGCAAAGGAGCAGUGACUCUACUCAAGCUCCUCAUGGAUGAUUGAGCUCCUCACCCUAACUCUAAGGGAGAAGCCCGCCACCCUUCUGAGGAAGCCCAUUUCGGCCGCUUGUUCUCGCAACCUAGUUCUUUCGGUCAUAUCUCCGCUUUCAUGAUCAUAGGUGAGGGUAGGAACAAAAAUUGACCGGUAGAUCGAGAGCUUUGCCUUUCGGCUCAGCUCUCUUUUCGUGACAACGGUGCGAUAGAGCGAGUGCAAUACCGCCCCCGCUGCCCCAAUUCUCCGGCCAACCUCCCGCUCCAUUGUCCCCUCACUCGUGAACAAGACCCUGAGGUACUUCUUCACUUGGGGCAAUACCUCUUUCCCUACCCGGAGUACGCACUCCGUCGGUUUCCUGCUGAGAACCAUGGCCUCAGAUUCAGAGGUGCUAAUCCUCAUCCCAGAUGCUUCACACUCGACUGCCAUCCAGUGAGGGCUAAAGGUCACGGACCGAUGAUGACAUGAAGACCACAUCAUCUGCAAAAAGCAGCGAUGAGAUCCCCAGCCCACCGAUCCGCACACCUUCCCCACCCCGACUACGCCUCAAUAUCCUGUCUACAAAUAUCACAAACAGGAUUGGCGACAAAGCUUAACCCUGGCAGAGACCAACCCCCACAUGGAACGAACUCGACUUCGUGCCGAGGACCCGGACACAACUCUCGCUUUGGACGUACAGGGAUUGAAAUCAUGAAAAUCUAAACAUACUUUAAAUAACAGAAUUAAAGCAAAAUAUAGUGAGGUUGAAAAAUAAACAAAAUUCUAAAUAUAUUGUACGAAAAAUGUAUUUGUUCUCUGAAAACACGUCUUAAUAUUACAUACCAUUUCGCUUCUGAGCUAAAUUCAUCUUGGUUUAAGAGUUUUAGAUAACUAGAAAACAAGGCAAAAAUACCAAAGAUGGAAAGAUAACAAACAAACAAACAAGGGGCGGUCGAUUUGAAAACGUUUUGAAUGAUAGUUGUUCCAAUUCUGUGCAUUUUAGCAUUUUUAAAAUUGUAGUUUGCAUGUUGAAGACCUUGAAAUGUGUCAGCGCACUUUUCCUUGGAGCCGUCAAUCCAAAGUGGAAAUAGUUUUCUCCUGUAGUGCUCUUUCGAAGGGUCAACAGGGUUUAAUUGUUGCAAGGAUAGUGAGGGUAAGGGUUGUGGAUGUCCGCAUCGGUGUUAGGAUAGAUCUGUGGAAGAUAGUGUGAAGUUUAAAGGUAGAAAUCUUUUAAAAAAUCGUACUUGUUUGUAAUACGGUUUUGACGGGAACAAGUCGCCAGGAGUCAUGUGCAGAUGAACACUGAGGUUAUGAAGUUACAUUUUGUAUAUUUAUAAGAUACAAAGGUUUUAUUACUUUUGUAUAUACGUAUAAAUAUUUAUACAGUUUACAUGAGCUUGAGUUUGCUCAUUAGAGCUGGUUUCAUGAAGCUCUAAUGUGAGUUUAUAUUAGUUUUAAAUUGUUCAAUUUUAAAAAGGCAGUUUCUGCAUCUUAUAGGUCAAAAUUGUAACUUUUGAGUGUUUACACAGAAAAUGUAAUUAACUGUUAAUUAACCAGAAUCAAGUGAUUUUAAACCAGUUAUGACAACUAUUGAAACUUCUCUGUGCAUGGGAGGCGUCAAUCUGUAAAUGCACAUGAUACGUAUCGCAAACGGUUUGCUCAUCCAGUGAAUGACGACACAAACUACAUACAUUAGAAAUAAAUACAAUACAUUAUAUAUUAAACAUAAUGAAUAUUAUUCUAUAUGACAGGCUAUCUAUCGAACUAUAUAUUCAUAUAAUAGAAAUGAUCAAUAUCUUUAUAUCUAAAACCAUACAUUCUCAAAAAGAGGGAUCUUUAUUCAGUAAAUCGAAUCUAUUUUAUUAGAUUUAAUGCAUAUUAUUUAUAUAGCUGUACAUGUGCGGUCAUGGUGGUAUAAAACUAAUGUUCCUACUUCUUAGUAAAUUAAAUGUUGUCAUUUGUACAUGCAAUGCCCUGUAAUACCCCAAAAUCUGAUCACUUGAAACAAUCUUUGAGCAGAAAUGUUGAGGAUCAAAAGUGCAACAUUGUUAAAGCUUGACUUCGAUGCAUUUAUUAAAGGGAAAACAUCAUGUCAGACAUUAAAAUUGUUUGUUAUCCGUUGUUAAUAUGACAUUAUGUGUGCCAAAUAUCCAUAGUGAAGUGCUGUUAGAGGUAAUAGGUAAUGAUAUUGGAAAUUGGAUAUUUUAAUGAAAGCCAAUUGAAUGUACGUGAAACAGAAAUUGUGCAAUUUAUUAAAUAAAUACUGUACAUUGUAGUUUUUCUUUUUUCCCCAUUUAAAUUGGAUCAGUAUGAGAUUUGUGCCAAAUGUGAUUAGAAAUACCUCAAGUUAUAUUCCCUUAGAUUUGUACAAUUGUACAAUUCAUAAAAUGUUCUAAUAAUAAAAAGUAUGUUACACUUCUAUCUAAUAAUUAGACAAAUAGUUAAGGUUAGGGUUAGUGGUAGGAGUACAUGCAUUGUACACAUUUCAGGAAUCCUAAAUUACAAGUUCAAAAUUGCGGCUGUGAGGAAUACCCAUAAACCCUUGCUCUUGAAUAAAUUAUGUUUGUUUGGUCAAAACAAGGGAACUUAAGUAGUAAAAUAACAGUUUUUUAUUUUUUUUAAAAAAAGUAGUUUUAAGUAGCUGGUUGAUAAUUAAGAUUUUUGUGAAGUAACCAUGAGGGUGAUUAGUGUUACCUCUGGUAAACUUAUGCCAUUCAUCUUUUUUCACUUGUACUCUAUAAAAGUGCAGAUUUAUGUGCACUAAAAAGUACGAGUAGAGUCCAUUGAGCUAUAUGGCUAACCUAGAAUCUAGUCUAAUAACCUAAUUGAAAUAAUAAAAUCAAAACAACGAUAUUUUAAUCAUAGAUGACUUAAGCAUUACAUGUAACUAGUUAAUGUUACUUAAAAAUGUAAGUUCAGUUUACUUGAGCCAAAUAAGUAUGUUUACUUAGAAAAAGCAUUCAAACUGAUUACCUUGAAAAAUCUAAGGUCAACUAAUUCGAUUUUACAGUGUGGUGUUCAAAUAUUUUUCUUUUUUCACAUUAACUUUACACAUGUCAGGUACAAAUAUGUGGUCUUGUUUCAUAAAUAUAGCUUGUACUUUUUUCUUUAUCACUUGGAAAGUAGGGAAGUGAAGCGUUGCAUGUCCCAUAGGAGGAGUAUGUCGUAACUAUUGAUGGUCAAUUUGUAACUUGACCAUAAGACAGUUUAACAUUUAUGCAUUUGGCAGACGCUUUUAUCCGAAGCGACUUACAGUGCACUUAUUACAGGGACAAUCCCCUGGAGCAACAUGGAGUUAAGUGCCUUGCUCAAGGACACAAUGGUGGUGGCUGUGGGGAUUGAACCAGCAACCUUCUGAUUUCCAGUUAUGGGCUUUAGCCCACAACGCCACCACCACACCACUUAAAACAGCCCUUGGACAAUUGUGUCUGAUCUAAUUAUAAUACAUAGAAGAUAAACUUAAAUAUUGUACCAAUAAAAGCCAUUUCUUAACUUAAAUUUGACACUUCACUAUGAACACACAACAAAGCUACAGCAUAGGUCGAAAUAAUGCAUGGAUGGAUGACUCAACACAACACAACACAACACACACACAAAAGGGAAUUGUGUGAAUUGCAUUUAGUUUGUUCUAAUUGGAGCAAGUUGUAAAACAGUGUUGAAACGUCCCCCGUCAGCACAACUAACAAGGAUUUAAACCUGUCAAGUUUUGCUGGCUACUUAAUUAUUAAAAGUGUGCAAAAUGCUGGCUAACAGAUUGGAGAGUAAAAUGACAAGUUUGCAUCAUUCUAAAUAAACAUUGUUUUAAAUAACUUUCAUGUGAAAUUUUACUUCAGCAAAAUAAACUUUUGGCUUAGCGGUUGAGGCUCUGGGUUACUGACCAGAAGGUUGGGGGUUCAAGCCCCAGCACCACCAAGAUGCCACUGUUGGGCCCUUGAGCACGGCCCUUGACCCUAUCUGCUCCAGGUGUGACGUAUCAUGGCUGAACCUGCACUCUGACCCCAGCUUAGCUGCGAUAUGUGAAAACAAAUUAAUUCUACUGUAUAUAUGGAAAAAUGUAUGUAUAAUGUGUGACCAAAAUAAAGGCUUCUAUUCUAUGUUUUGUGUUUGGUUUUAUCCCCAAGGGCCCCCACAAUUGCAUGGUUUGCAUUUUUACGGGGCCCUUUAGGUGGCUCUUGGCAGCUGCCUACUUUUUCCUAGUGCUAAAUCCACCUGUGAUAGGAAUAAAGGUUUUACCAGACCUAAGUGCUACUUUAAACUCAUUCAAACCAUUUUGCAGCAUUUUUUGUUAUCGUAUAUCAGAUUUAUUUUUGAAAGUGAAAUGCCUUGAUAUACCACUUUAUAUUAUGACACCUUUGUCAAAAUAUAUAAAUGAAAAAAAUAAGGAUAAAAGUUCCAUGUUCUCAGUUGUCCCACCCUUUCGGAGCAAACUUAAAUAGCAACUGAAAGAGUAGCUGAUUAUUUUAUUCCUCUUCUGACCCAAAAUGGAUUUCCAAGUCUCCAUUCUUCUUCUUUUAAUCUUUCUUGCUGGAGAUCACACCAUGUAUUCAUGGAUAUUAUGAUGGACCCCGAACAAAACUGGGCUGGAAGUGCUUUUCCCUGCUCUGUGAGCAUAGGGACAAAUAUGGAUUUAAAUGUGACACUACACACAAUUAACAUAGGUCUCAAGAGCACGCUACUGUUAAUCCAGAUUUAUGUAUCUGGCAAAAAAAGGGUGGGGCCAAGGGCGUCAUGCACCUACUUUUUUUGAGGGGGCACCAUGGUCAGCUACCGCAACUCCAAUCCAACCGACAACCCCAUUCUUAUAAAUCAUGGGAAACAGUAUACAUUUUUUAAUAACGAUUACAUUUGCAGCUGUUUGUCAAUACAUGCGUUUCAGUAAUGGUUGCAUUUGGUUACAUUUGAUGAGGUGGAAUGCACAUCUGACAUCUUCAGCAGUGUUACGUUACUUUUUUACGAUCUUACCACAUUUUUUUGCAAGCACUUUCUAUAGACGACACGAGAGGUGGUACAAAAGGCGACAGCACAAAUGCAACGAUGCCCGCAACUGCGUCAGCUCAAAACAGAGCGAAAACAUGUAUCUGAAUGAAGCAAUAAUGUAAAUAUUGUACGUUGUGUUCAGUGUAAUUGAGAGAAUUGAAUUACUAAAUAAACAAAAUUAAAAGGUUUGCAUUUUGCUAAGAGUGUGUUAUUUCUCUAUAACAUAUUUUAACCACGAAUAUGAUGUUAAAUAUCUUAAAUAAAAAAAAACUUGCUUUUUUUUUUAUUGCAAAUGGGCGGCUGUGUCUCAGGUGGUAGAGCGGGUUGGCCUCUAAUCACAGGGUUGGUUUGAUUCCCGGCCCACAUGACUCCACAUGGCGAAGUGUCCUUGGGCAAGACACUGAACCCCAAGUUGCUCCCAAUGGCAGGCUAGCACCUUACAUAGCAGCUCUGUCGCCAUUGGUGUCUGAAUGAGUGUGAAUGGGUGAAUGAGACGCAGUGUAAAGCGCUUUGUAACCUCUAAGGAUGGUUAAUAAAAAGUGCUAUAUAAGUGCAGACCAUAUACAACAAACAAGGCACCAGUACAUUAUGAUAAACAUCUCAUAAACUAAAUUAAUGAAAUAAAACAAAGUUAGGUCAUACCAAGGUUUUCUAAUAAAUCAAAUGAUUUAAUGGAAUUCUUCUUCUCCAUACAUCUCAGUGAACUAAAAAUCAAAUGUAGCCUACAUUCGUGGCCGUGCGCCAUCUUUCUCCCAUUGAAAAUAUGGAACCGGUUGCUACCGAGGAACCUUAAAACCACCUUUCGUUACUUAAAGUAUUUAUGAUGACUGGAAAGGAGAGGAUUCACUCUGAAAUAAGAUAAUACGCUGCUGCUUUCAUUAUACAUGUGCACAAAUUUGGAUUAUUUUCAUUACUAUGCUUCAUUAAAUAAAGAUGUUUUCUGAAAUCAUUUGCUUAACUUUGGUGUCAUGAUGUGAGAAAAGGAAAGAAAAAAAUAUAACUACACAACAUUCAAAUAUAAGCUUGCAUUAAGAGCUUUUUCAUAUAUU